GUUCCCCUCCAUGGCCACCAGGGGGCAGGGCAGACCUGUGGCAGUGCUGGCUUCAGGCCUGUACCAGGCAGAGCUGAGGGAGCGGAUGGCAGUACCUCCCUCCAAGGCCCUAAAGAGGACCUGGCAGGACACAGGCUGGGGCUGGGAACCCUGCCCCGGUGGGAUGCUCAGGAGGCUGCCCUUCCAGGUGAUCGUGUAUGAAAUGGAGAACUUCCAGGGCAAGCGGUGCGAGCUCUCGGCUGAGUGCCCCAACCUGACAGAAAGCCUGCUGGAGAAGGUGGGCUCCAUCCAAGUGGAGUCGGGGCCGUGGCUGGCAUUUGAGCGCAGGGCCUUCCGCGGGGAGCAGUAUGUGCUGGAGAAGGGGGAUUAUCCUCGCUGGGACGCGUGGUCCAACAGCCACCGCAGUGACAGCCUCCUGUCCCUCCGGCCUCUGCAAAUCGAUGGUCCGGAUCACAAGCUGCAUCUCUUUGAGAACCCAGCUUUCGGCGGCCGCAAGAUGGAGAUAGUGGACGAUGACGUGCCCAGCCUCUGGGCUCACGGCUUCCAGGACCGUGUGGCGAGCGUCCGGGCCAUCAACGGGACGUGGGUUGGUUACGAGUUCCCCGGCUACCGCGGCCGCCAGUACGUGUUUGAGCGGGGUGAGUACCGCCACUGGAACGAGUGGGACGCCAACCAGCCACAGCUGCAGUCUGUGCGCCGCAUCCGCGACCAGAAGUGGCACAAGCGGGGCUGCUUCCUCAGCAGCUGAAGGGCGCCCAGGCCCCAGUGGCCCAGGCCCGCCCUGGGGGGCAGCAAGGGCAAGAAGAGGCGG